UUCUGCUUACGAUAGAAGUUUUUCUUUCGCCCACAAAAUGAAAAGAGUUGGAGAAAAUCCAAGCGGACGUAAAUCGUACAACGAACUGUCGUUACGACAACGCAAGCGGCUUCAAAUGCGGCGAAACGACAAAGAAUCAUCGGCAGCCCUUUAUGAAGAAGCAACUUAUGCACCUGAACAAGAAAUUAUAAGACCUAAUACUGCUUACAGUGCUAAUGAAAUGGACAUCUCGCCGAUUUCAUCAAACGUUUCAAUGGCUUCGUUAUCGCAAGUUGAUCCACCGCAGCAAACACUUUAUGAUCAAAAUUAUGUCGACGGAAGGUCAAAUAUUUCAUCAAUUGAAGCGGACAAGAGCCGAUACGACUCCUCUGGUGAUGAUGAAGAUCGACAUUGUUUUGAGGUCUGUUCAGAAGAUCUAAUCUCGAGCUCAUUUGAUGAAAUUGAAGGGAAAAAAACGUUCCGAGAAAAGCUGGCCGCAUUCUUCGUCAAAAAACGUAUAACCGCGGAAGCUGGUGAUGAAUUACUUGCUUUGCUGAGGUCACAUGCGUGCUUUGAGUCGCUUCCUAAAUCGACCAAAUCAUUAUUGCGUACUCCACGACACCCUGUAGCAUUAGUGGAAGUUCCACCAGGCCAGUAUUUGCACCUAGGAUUUGAAACAGCGCUUCAUCGUAUCCUCGACCGCGUAGAACCGUCUGAACGGCCCUCUUUUUUGGAAAUUGAUUUCAACACGGACGGAGCUACCUUGCACAGAUCAGGAAGCAAUCAAAUUUGGCCCAUACAAUGCAGGAUAGCGAAUAUAAAGAACAGUCCAGUGGGUGUAAUCGGAGUAUAUAAAGGGGGAAAAAAACCCUCGGAUGCUAAUCUUUUUUUCAAGUUAUUUAUCGAUGAGGCCGUAACAUUAAUCAAGAAAGGUGGAAUAAUGAGGUCGGGGAAAGAAGUACCUUUUCAGUUCAGGGCCUUUAUUGCUGAUGCACCCGCCAGAGCAUUUAUUCUAAAUCACCACGGCCACACUUCAUGUAACCCAUGUUCGAAAUGCCGAGUUACUGGUGAAGGUGUUGAGAACCAUGUCGUCUUCAUCGGCGACCACCAUCUCCUCCGCACUGACACGGAGUACCAAACAAAAGAGGACGAGGAUCACCAUAAGAAUGGUGAUAGUCCAUUAUCACAACUACCAAUGGGUUUAGUAACUCAAGUACCUUUCGAGUACAUGCACUUGGUCUUACUAGGCGUUUUGAAACGUAUGGUCUCUGCCUGGUUGAACGGAAAAUUCUCCAUGAACAGCAAAUUAUCUGGCUUUGAAAUCUCUACCAUAUCACAAAGAUUAUACAGAAUGUGUUAUGAAAGUAUUCCUGAUGAAUUUGCACGACCUCCUGCAAGCCUCUUGGAAAUCCUCCAAGGAAAAGCCACGACUUGUCGUCUAUUUCUAUUGUUUUCAGGACCUGUCGUACUAAAAGGCAUUCUAUCGGAUGAGUUGUAUAAACAUUUUUUAAUUUUGCACACAGUCAUGCGCAUCGUGACAUCUGCCAAUCCAACGAAAGAGCAAUUGUUGUAUGCAAGAUUGAGUUUGAGAACUUUUGUUAUCCAGAGCGAAAGAUUGUAUGGAACAACCUUUCUGAGCUACAAUGUGCAUGGACUAUUACAUCUCGUGGAUGAUGUGGAAACAUUAGGACCGGUCGAUUCUUAUUCUGCUUUCCCUUACGAAAACAACAUGCGGAUUUUUAAUAACUACUGCAGGAAACCUCACCUCACUCUGCAACAGAUAGCAAACAGACAUGCCGAGGAAACGAAUUGGAUGCCAGUGAGGCAACCUAAGCGGAACGAUAAUUUCAAACUAAUGCAUGAACACACGAAAGGUCCUGUUCCGACUACAGCGACAGGAAGAAUAGCGAAACAGUACCACCGCAUUAAAUGCCCAGAGUUUACGCUUAGAACAAAAUGUAAUGACAGUUGCUGUAUUUUGAGAGAUUCAACAAUAUGCAUCAUAUAUAACGUACUGAAGAUCGGCCAAGAAAUUAAGCUGGUAGUAAAAAAAUUCAACGCGGUUGAGGAUUUUUUCAACAUAGCCAUGCCAUCGUCGUUAGUCGGGUACUAUAAGUGUUCAAGGCUGCAAGAACAAUAUUCUCUGAUCAGAUUGAAUGAUGUCCGGGAUAAAGGUUUUCUCAUGCCUAUUUGGUUGCCUCUUCAAUUUGAUGAAAGACGCAUGGAGCGAAUUGAAAAUGAAACUUACGCAGUAGCUACUAUAUCCUCUGUAGUUUACUAUUAGAUUGAAAACAUCUCAAAUUCCGAAUUUCGAAGAUGAAUUAUCAUAUUUUCUACAAUUUUCUGAAUGUGAGGAAAUUUUCCAUCGUUAUCACAAUCUGGUUGAGUUAUCGCCACCUGAACAUGGAGUAAAUUUGUUAUCACUAUCGCAAUCUGGUCGAGUUAUCGCCACCUGCACAUGAAGUAAAUUUGUUAUCAGUGUUACAAUCUGGUCGAGUUAUUAUCGCCACCUGCGAAUCACAAUUUUUUUUUAUCAUCGCUACAAUGUGGUCGAGUUAUCGCCACCUAUACAUGAAGUAAAUUUGUUAUUACUGUUACAAUCUGGUCGAGUUAUCGCCACCUGCCAAUCACAAUUUUUUUUUUAUCAUCGCUACAAUGUGGUCGAGUUAUCGCCACCUAUACAUGAAGUAAAUUUGUUAUUACUGUUACAAUCUGGUCGAGUUAUCACCACCUGAGAAUUACAAAUAUUUUUUUAACAUCGCUACAAACUGGUCGAGUUAUCGCCACUUGAACUGUAAAUUUUGUAUCAAUGCCACAGUCUGGUUCACUUAUCGCCACCUUGGAAUCAUCCGGAGAAAACUAUGCGCAGGGUUAUCGAAAUGAUACCUAAUUGAAAUCGCGGUAUAAUGAAAUAUUCGUGGCCACCACAGAUAUUUUCGCUGAGAAACCAACAU